AUGAGUCAAUAAAACCAAGAUAUCUUAAAUAAUCUUUAAAACCAUUCUGCUAAUUUGAAAAACAUAUUAAUUUAGGUCUUGCAUUAGAUAAAUUAUGUUAAUACUAUGAAGCUAUUGAGUAUUACCACAAGGCUAUCUUAAUUAAUCCUAAAUUUGAUUAAACAUGAGUCAAUAAGGGUAUUAAUUUUUGAAUAUUAUUAUUUAAGCUAGGUUUUAGAUAUUAAUUGAUAUUCGUUUGUGUUGUAACUAAAUUCCAGAAAUAUGAAGGAGCUAUGGAGUGUUACUAAAAAGCUAUCUUAAUUAAUCCUAAAGAUGAUUCUGCAUGGAGUAAAAAGGUAUCUUAUGUUUUAAUUUAGGAGUUGCAUUAAAAUUCUAUAACAAAUAUACUAAUACAUAUAUUAAAGAAGUAAAAAGAGUUAUGA